AUGCUCAAGUUCAAGGACAAGGAGCUUGAGGAAGCUCGCAAGGAGGUCGCAACCCUGAAGGUCUCCGUCUUCACCAAGGACAAGGCCCUCUUCCAGAGCAACCAAGAGCUGAGGCUACUUAAAGAGCGCCAUAUGACAACCGAAGGGGAGGUGGCAAACAUGGCGAAGGAGUUGGCGGCCGUGAAGGUUGAAAAGCGAAAGCUUGAGGCUCAGCUGGCGGGUUUAGCCAAGAAGGGUGACAAGGAGCAGUCUAUGCCGGCGUUGCUGGCGCACCGCUCGUCACUGAUCAGUGUAGCUUCCGUGGAGGGGCUGGAGCAGGUGGCUUCUCUGCAGGCCGAUUUGAGGAACGCCAAGCAGGAGGGCGAGAAGGCGGCGGAGAGCAUUAGGGUGCUGGAGAGCCUGCUUCGCAACAAGGACCGGAAGAUCCACUCCCUGCAGCGAAAGAUGGAGGAUGUUGAGGUGUACAGGACCAAGUGUGCGGACCUGGAGAACCGGGUCUCGGACCUGCUUCGUCAACUGGACACGGAGAAGAAUGCCUGCCGUACCUCUGCGGAUGUACUGCGCCUCAGUGAUAGCGAGAUUGUCAAGCUGACGGCGGAGCUGGGCAAGACCCGUACGGCGUUGCAGUCGGCGCAGGAGGCGGCAGCCAGGAGCAACGCUGCACUCAAGGUCUCUGAGUCCCGGUGCUCUGCGUUGGAGUCCGAGGUGAGCAUCCUGGCAGAGCAGCUGGCGCGCACCUCUGCCGUGGCACAUCGGGUGGCGGUGGCGGAGGUCAAGGCUGGCUGCAAGGACGAGGGCGUAAUCCACGUGACUCGUCACCUGGAGGAGGUCCGUUUCUUGAGCGGCGAGAUUAUGCGUCUUCAGGAACGCGUCAACCAGCUGGAGAAGGAGCUGGCGGUGUCGGACGAGCUCAAGGACCACUACCGUCGUAAGUCGCAGCCUGGGACUCCCAAGGGCUACUCGCAGGGGGGAAGCUCGACUCCAUCCAGCCCCGCGGGCUCUCCAACUGCCUUUCACUCGGCCCGGACAAGGCCCAAGUCGGCGGGUGGCAACCACGAAGGGUCUGGCGGCAAACGGACGCCGCGCAGUGCCGGCCGCACCGGCUCGGCAGCCGCCUCUGGUGGCACCAUCCGCACUUCGUUCUCCACUAGCAGUCGUAAGUUGCCAUGGGGAUUUAACCCCAAGUCGCCAGCCAAAAUGGUUGAGGCGGAGAUGGACGGGGCUUCUGGCGGACGAGGCGGCAGCCGGCGGCCAGUAUCAGCGGGCAACACCGGCAGUGCGGCGAAGGGCGCCAAGAGAAAGGAGGCCGUGGCGGAGGCGUCGGCGGAAGUGGCGGUCGCGCUGAAGGAGUCUGUCUCGCAGGCGGCGGAGUCGGCAGGCCGUGCCCGCAGCCGUUCGCCUGGGCGCAGCAGUUCAACGGGACGCCACAGCCGAUCAGCAGGCAGCCGCUCGCCGGAUAGCCGCAGUGGCUGUCUUUGA